GGCAUACUGGACAGGUGGGUCCAGGCCAGGAAGACGUAGCAGGGUAAGUGUGCAGUAAACGCGGUAAGUUCGCUCCCUCCAUAUACUGUCCCACACACUGUCUGGCGGCUGUAAGUAGUGGAAGUAAAGUGAUCCAGGAAGUAAUAACACAAGAUGAGCCACGACUCACGACGUUCGUUCGCAGAGAAAAGGCGCGUUUUAUUAUAGCGAAACAACAAGGUGCGGCGGCGGCGGGGCGACGAGCCGUUUUCAAAUCACUGAGCUCCUCUCUCCAGCAGCGCUCGCAACUUUUUCAUGGAAUAGCGGGAUCUGUCUUGAGUCCAAACAAGCCUUCGAGCGCAGAAAUUAUAGAAGCGGAAGUGUGGAAGUUCGUAUUUAAACGCGCGUUUUCCGACGCGCAAAUUGAGCGCGCGCGCGCGCGCACCUUCGGGCAACAUCUCGAGACCGAUCGUUGUUGCGAAGCCAGAGACACCAUGAACAGCUCAAUGAAUGUCACAGUGGCUUCCGGUAAUGAAAAGAACCCGUGCUCAGGAAGUUUGCAUGAUGUGGCACUUGCCAUAUACUUCGUGGCAUUCCUCCUGGGACCUUUCGGAAAUGGGAUGGUUAUCUACGUGACGGGGUUUAAGAUGAAGAGGACUGUUAACGUGAUCUGGUUUCUAAAUCUUGCCGUGGCUGACUUCCUCUUCACUGCCUUCUUGUUUUUCACCAUUUUCUACAUGAUCAGAGGCUGUCACUGGCCCUUUGGUGACUUCAUGUGCAAGCUCAACAUUCUGGUGGCGGUGCUGAAUAUGUUUGCUAGCAUCUUCCUCUUAGUGGCCAUCAGUAUUGACCGAUGCCUGUUGAUGUGGAUGGUGGUGUGGGCACAAAACAAGCGUACCACACGCAAGGCUGUAGUCAUCUGUGUGGUCAUCUGGUUGGCUGCUCUGGGGUGCAGCAUUCCCUAUAGCGUUUCCAGAGAAGCCUUUCGGUAUAGGAACAUAACCGUGUGCGGUGCUCCUCGCAUCUCUCAAACUAUGCACCGAGAUCUUGUUAUUUUUCGAAGUGUUGUGGGUUUCCUCAUCCCUUUCCUGAUCAUCCUGGGAUCCUACACAGCCAUCGGCAAGAGAAUUUUAUCUCUCAAGGGAAAGAAGACCUUCAGACCCUUUAGAAUCAUCCUGGCAGUGAUCCUGGCGUUCUUCCUCUGCUGGCUGCCAUUUCAUAUUUUCCAGUAUUUGGAACUACUCUGUAUGACCAGCAGCCCGACGCUUUGUCAUGCUUCGCGUAUCGGAGGAUCCCUCUCCACCAGUCUGGCCUUCCUCAACAGUUGCCUGAAUCCUAUCCUGUACGUCUUUAUGUGCGAGGACUUCCAGCAGAAAUUCCGUCAGUCGAUUCUCUCAGUCCUGGAAAACGCCUUUACAGAAGACCAGCUUGUCUGUGCGGGGAGGCCCAGCCAUGAAAAACCGCUGGACUCAGACCAGAGGAAGGAAACCGACCUCUUUCUUAUGUCCUCCCGUCAGAACUCCAGCACUGACAACCUAAAGUAAUAUUUAGUCACAAGGCAGACUUGAUAUUGUCCUUGGAAAAUUUGGAUUCAUUAUGCUUUCAAAACAUUCAGUGUUUCCCAGUUCUCACACAAACAUAUUUCUCCUG